AUGCGGUCCAUAAUCUUUUACUGCCUCGUGGUUCUCUGUGGCCUCCUGUGCCUCGGCCACUGCGACGAGCUCGACGACGCCGGCUACAGCGUCAGCAACAGUGGCGACAAGUGGACAGUAUCGUCAGGCGGCUACAUCAUCAACGAGUUCCGCAUCGACGGCAACCGUAUCAAGGUCGACUUCGUCGCCAACGGCUUUGACGAAAAGGGCGUCUCCCUGCGCGACAUCAUCGCCCGUGUCUGGGGACGCGCGGGAAAGUGGCUGUCCGACCUCGACUCUGUGCAGUUCGUCGACGUCAUGGAGUACAGGGCCAUGAAUUCGAUCGCGCAGGCCCGGCAGAUGCGCGGUGUCGGACCCAAGACGAGCUUCCAGAUCGACAUGGGCGAGAUUGGAUGGGGGCAGAUCACCGACAACCCGUUUUACUGGCACGUUCAUAAGAUGUGCUGGGAGUGGAACAGUAUGGAGGGCAAGGACGUCACGGGGGCGUAUGUUUCCAGUUUGGAGGACUCGGAGGGAAUUCAGCCAGAUGACUUGAUUUUCUACAUUGGCGAGUAUGAUCAGCCUUCGCCGAGAAAGUAG